CAUACAGGGCAGCGUCCUCCAGUACAUGCACAAGGUUUAGUAUCUGCCGUUCCGUGUUGCAGUAGGCCCGGAAGCCCUCCUGUGAUUCGCUGAACAGCUGGAGUGGGCCUGCCAGUUCGCCGAUGCCCAGGGUGAGCAUAGAAGUGUACAGUUUAUAGCAAGUGUUGGCUAGAGCGAUGGGCCUCUUGUUCUUGAUGUCAAGAGCGUCCCCAGGUUUUGGGAGCAGGACCCUGUCCGAAGUGGCCCAGGACUCCGGGAUUGUGGACUUGACGUACAUGAUCUUCAGUGUGUUGUGUAGGGCUCGCUUCAUGCCGUGAGGCAAGAUGCGGAGCAGCUCGUUCGGAAUGCCGUCUGGGCCCGUGGCUUUGUUACGAGAGAGGCCUGGUGGCGAGCGUGUGCUGGAGGGCAGCGGCAGCAGCUUCACGCUGCGCUUUGGCUCGGUCCGCCACCAACUGGCGGUGUUGGGCUUGUGGUUUAAGAUGUCGGGCAGCUGACCGGGAAAGAUGGUGUUUCCCAGUGUGUGGCGGUUUUAGUGUGCACUCUUCAAGUAGGCAGGUGAGGCCGUCUUCGAGAGCCUUGCCUAACCGCUCAGCUAGCUGGUUCACGUCGGUUUGUUGUACAAUUCUGUUGUGCGCCAAGUCCCAGUGCAUUGUAUUUGCCGGGUAGGUGGUUGGGUUUUUAGUGUGCUGUUUUAGAGCAUUGUCGAUCACCUGCACCGCGCCCUUGCUGGCAUUGUGCAGGUCUGCCGUGGCCUCGACCAUUAUGUCCUCCAAGUGGGCGGCAGCGGCGGCCAGCUGCUUCUUGGUGAUUGGAAGCGUCACACGAGACCAGCGUGGGCUGUCUUCAGAUGUUGUUGCUGGUGGCGCUGCGGGCUGCGGUGCUUCCCAUAGGUGCAGCGCGUCAGCAGGCAGUUUUACGUGUACAGGUUUAUGGUCGAAGUUGCCCGCGACUGUACUUAUGUGCUCGUGUGGGCUGGGGCACGCGGUGAGCGUUGUCGUGCACAUGAGUAUGUCAUCUAUGCGGCUGCGGUGCGUUGAGACACCAUGUUGCGUUUGUUCAUAGGACCAUUCGGCCGCUGUGGUCAUGGUGCCUCGUGCGGGUAAUAAACCAGUUUGUGCCAGAAAGCGUUGGUGCAGUCGGUCAGCAGAGUCAAGCGGCCCUGUGCGAUCUGCAGCGUUAGCUACAGCAUUGAAGUCUCCCGCCACAACCAGGUGUUGUUCACAGGCGCUAGUGUGUGUCAGGGUGGUCUGGCAGUAAUGGUAGAUGGCCUUGCGGAUUGCCGUGUCUUCAGGCGCGUAUACACCAAGGACUGUAAGGGGCGUGCUGCCCCGUGUGCGGAUCUGAAUGUGAGACACAUAGCCGUGUAGGGUGACUGGAGGAGUGUGGUGGGUAACGCUAUUCAGGUUACUGUACCGUGUGGACACGGCAAUGGCGACGCCGGCGCUGCCUCUUUCCGUGGUGUUACGUGGAACAGAGCUGCAGUACAAGCAGUACCCUUCAUUCAUGAAGGCUCGCUUUAGUGGGUCGUGCCGGUGGCCAAGCUUAGUUUCAGUCAAAAUCACAAUAUCGGCGUUCCAGGCAGCAAGAUUGCAGAGUGUGAAGCUCAGGUUUCCCGGGGCACCUGCGGCUGUUACUUGUGAGAGUAGGCCCCGUACGUUGUGUGUGACAAGAUGUAGUGUGCGGGCCUGUGUUUGGUCAGGGCUAGGCUGUGCAGUAGUUGUGUCUUGCCGUGCUGUCGGUGCGGUUUGCUGUCGUUUGAAUAGGUCGGUGAGCGUGUUUGUGCGCCCUGUCCAGCGGGCCAGCGCUGUCCCAUUGGUGGCGGCGGCGGCGGCCAGGGCACGUAUGGUUUGUAUUUGGGCGGUUAUGUUUGGGGCGAGGCGUUGGGCAGCAUUUGUUGUGUUGUUUGGGCUUGUAGCAGUGUUCCCUUGUUCAGGUUGAGUGAUGUCUAUUUCAAUGGGGGCAUUUGUGCGGUCUGUUGGUGCUGCUGUGGGCAGUGGCCUUGCUUCUUGUGGAAAGAUGUUGUAGCAAGGGCCGAGUGUAUUGCGCACGGCCUCCAUGUCUACAGUGGAGACAGUGCCGAGGUAGUAAAUAUGGCCUUCCAUAGCACUCCAUCCAUCGUCUUCGAGGAGAGUGUUGUGGAGUGGUGUAUUUUCUGAAUCAACUAUGCGCCAUUGGCCUGCCUCAAGGCGGACUGCAUAGACAUGGGGCCGGCUAUUCAUGAGGACAUUGAAGCCAAGGCGGCGUGCCUCGCGUGGUAAUGCGGCGAGUACUGAGUCUUUGGAAUGAGGGGGAUCCCCUGGUGCGUCAAAAUGUGACACGGCGCAGCGCAUGACUAAACGUUUGUUGGGAAGUGCGUUUGCAUUCCCGAUUGUGGCGUUAUAGUAAAGGUAGUGGUUGAUGAUGCUCAUGUCAAACCUGCCUGCUUGUGUGUAGGCGUUCGCCCACCCGUCGCGGUUUGGAUGUUGCAUUUGGUUCAGUACAGCUGUUACUGCGUUGGCAUGUCUCAGCACAUCGAACGGAUCAAUCCAGGAGAAUCCUAGCAUGUUAUUUAUGGCAUGGAUGCCGCAGAAUCCGAGUUGCUGUGUCUGGCGGUAGCUUGUGUUUGAGAGGCCGGGGGGGUAAUGUAGUGGCCGUGGACGGGUCGGAUUAGGCGCCCAUGAGUACUAGCUCUGGCUGGAGUGGCAGCGCCUGGGCGGCUGUGGGCCUUCCUGCACAGCGCGUCUUGCAGCGGACUGGAGCCCACUUAGUCAGCGCCACAUCUGGCCCGUUUAGUUUUCUGCUUGUGUCUCCUCUGCCGGUUCUCCUGGGGUGUUGCUUAAGCAACCGACUUGUGGGGGUGGGGUGGGUUUUGGGCGGGGCGAGUGCGUAGCGCUGGUGUUUUCUUUGCUGGCGCGCGGUGGUGGUGGUUUCUUGCGGUUAGGCUGUGGUGUAGGUUGGUGCUUGGGUUAGGUCUGGCGGUGUUUUUGUGCAACCCCUCCCGGGGGGCGGGGGGGCCAGCCUCCUGCUCUGGCUGCCGGGUCGGGGUGGGGUGGGGUGGGAUGGAUGGGGGUGGUUGGUGGCGGUUUUCGAGGUGUUUGCUUUCUGUUUUCUUCUCUUUUCUUCUCUUCUUGCCCUGUCAGGGUUCUGGUCUCGGGGACCAGGCUGCUUUCAGGCAGCAGAGGGGCAGCGCGUCUGCCCCUGUUCAACCUUGUAAGGAUGAUUCCUC